CACAAUCGGUUAUUCGUUCACAUCCCUAAUAGAUAUUGUACAUGGGAAUUCGUGGAAUUCGUGAAUUUGUAAAUAACUAGUUAACCACACCACCUCUCCUCGUCGUCAGUUUUCCGGUGUUCGUGGACAGCGAAGUACUGAAGCAAAGAAUAUACUACUUACUGAAGGGAACUAAAUUCUUGACUGGAAAUAAAGUAUUUUCUGUGAUAAAGAUAAAGUGCCCAGUAAAUACAUUAUUUUUAUUUGAUUUAACAAUUUUAUUUAAGAAACAUCAUGUCUGAAUUAUUAGAAAUUGAUGGAAGUGUUCUAGAAGGGGGAGGUCAGAUACUUCGCAUGUCUGUAGCUCUGAGUGCACUGUUGUCCGUUCCAGUUCGCAUCUAUAACAUCAGAGCUAACCGGCAGAAACCAGGAUUAGCAGCACAGCAUGUAAAGGGAAUCCAGCUAGUGGCGGAGAUGUGUAGAGCAAAAUUAAAAGGGGCAACUAUUGGGUCUACUGAGAUAGAGUUUUCACCGGGGAAGAUUAGAGGAGGUCAUUAUGUCGCUGACCCAAAGACUGCUGGAUCAAUCAGCCUACUAUUACAAGUGGCGCUACCUUUCGCCCUGAUGGCGGAUGGCCCUGUGACUCUAGACCUUCGUGGAGGCACUAACGCGGAAAUGGCGCCGCAGAUAGACUACAUGGAUAUGAUCUUCAGACCGCUGGUGCAGAAAUUCGGCGCUAAUUUUUCUUUAAAAAUUCAUAGAAGAGGAUACUAUCCGAGGGGCGGUGGUCACGUGAAAGUGAAUGUGACGCCCAUUAGGCGCUUAAACAGCAUCACGUUACUGGACUCCGGCACCAUCACCAGUGUGAAGGGAACCAGCUUUGUGGCGGGUGCACUGCCUAUUAAGAUGGCGUACGAAAUGAGUGACGGUGUGAAAGAACACCUCAAGUCGGAAUGCAAAAAUGUGAACAUACAUUGUUACAAAGAGGAGAUGGCACGGGACAAUUGCAGCGGAAUCAUCGUGUCGUGUACGCUGAGCGGCAGCGGGGGCUGCGUAGUGGGCGGCGGGGAACUCGGGCGACGGGGGACUGUCGCCGCACACGUGGGGCGCGCGCUCGGGGCGCAGCUCGCGGCCACGUGGCGCGCCCGGGCCUGCCUCGACCGGCACGCGCAGGAUCAAGUGAUAAUAUAUAUGGCGUUAGCGGAUGGAAAAUCCGCCGUGAAGACUGAAGAGUUAACGUUACAUACCAAAACGGCCAUACAUAUUGUUGAAUUAAUUGCUAAGAUAAAAUUCAACGUCGAGUCGAAUGAUGAUCAUCACAUAAUAGAAUGUACAGGCCUGGGAUAUACCAACAAGAACCUGCCCGUAGAAUGAACUAACAACUAUAAUUACAAUCGUUUCGUCUAGUCAACAUAGUUAGCUAGCCGUAUUACAGAAACUAAUUAACAUAUAACGUCGGACUCCGUGGUCUAGCGGCUUCACCGCUUUAGUUCCGAUGAUCGCGGCUUCGAGUCCUCGCUCGGUACAAACAUUUGUAUCCCUGAAUAUAAUUGUUUGUAUCGGUCUGGGUGUUUUAUAUAUGUAUUUAUAAAAAAAAAGUAUCUAUGUAUUUAUAUCAGUUUUCUAGUACCCAUAACAUAAGCUCUGCUCAGCUUGGGACUAGAUGGCGCUUUGUGAAUUGUCCAGAGAUAUUAUUAUUAAUAUAUUUGAUAUAACUCGCCAAUGAAACUGUAUUAGUCCGUUAGUAUUAAUCCCUCGACAGUAUAAAUCUAUUAAACCUGACGAGUUAUAUGAAAUAAAUAUAGAAACAAUUUAAUUUGUUAUCCUUCGUAUAAAGUUCCUAAAUAAUUGCAGGCCCUUAAAAUAUCCUCUGGAACCAUAGUUUUCAACUGUACUUGUAUUUGAUUGACUUGAUCUUGACAUGACUUGAUUGAUUGUAAUUCUGUUCCCCUAAAUAGCCUUUUCAGUCUCACCAAACGAAAAUUAUGAGUGUAUAGGGCACACAAACCCAUGGAUGGACUUACACAAAUCCAUGGUUAAUCUUACACAAACCCAUGAAUGUACUUACACAAAUCCAUGGAUGGUCU